UCGGAGGGACAUCCGAUCCGGGGGGGUACCGCGCGCACUCGAACCCGAGCUCUCCGAACGCGAGGAUCCCCGAGCGACUCCUUCCUCUUCCUCAUGGAGAACAACCGUCAUUUGCAGUCCGAGUUCGUGGUCAUGCAGGGGGGUCCCUACGAGCAGCUGAAGCAGCCGGAGGAGAUGCGGACCUUAGUGAGACCGGCCGCCACUCUCACGCUGCGGGACCACAUCGUUUGGUCUCUCUGCAACUUCUUCUACAUGAACCCCUGCUGCCUGGGACUGGCGGCGCUCAUCUACUCCAUCAAGGCCCGGGACCGCAAGGUUGUGGGGGAUCUGGAAGGGGCGCAAAGUUACGGCUCCACAGCCUGUUACCUCAAUGCCUUCUCCCUGGGUCUCACAGUGACCCUGGUGGUGAUCUUCAUCGUGCUCCUCUCGCUCGGCUUUAUACAGUUCUCCAGAGACUUGGCGCAGCACAUGAACAACUUGGAUAACGGCAGGGGAUGAAGAGCGGCGGCGGACGACUUGCCGUCUCCUUGACGCCGAAAGCAGGACCGCGCAUGUAGUGUGUCGAGUCUCGUUACCCUCCUUUUGAAAAUUCAGUUACUCUUGUUUUUUAUAAUCCUUUAUGAAGCAUUUAUCUGCGUGAAAACACACGCUUAAUGUAAUGCAUAAAUUGUACUUUUGCUGAGAUGUACGUCGCUUUGGACAAAGGCGUCUGCUAAAUGAAUAAAUGUAAAUGUAAGUGAAAAUUAUACUCAUGAUGAUGUUACCAAGACAACACAAUAAAGUAUAAUCCUCUGUCCUCUUC